CUUCUUCAUCAUCUCUAAAGUAAGAUUAUUAUUUAGCCAAGUCUUAAUAAUUUGUUCACAGGUGAUGAUGAACAAACAAAAUUUGAUUGGCAAUUAAAGAGAUAGUAGGAAGAAUAAUGUCUAUGUAUGAUGAAAUUCCUAUCUUAGACAUAUCACAACCUUUGCAACCUUCUUCACUAUCCUCUCUCACCAAAGCAGCCAAAGAGUGGGGAUUCUUCCACAUCAUCAACCAUGGAAUCUCCAAAGAUCUUUGCAUCCAACUCCAAUCACUAUCCAAACAAUUCUUCAGCCUCCCUUAUGAUAAAAAACUCAAGCUUGGCCCUUUUUCAUCUCUCAAAUCUUACACUCCUCAUUUCAUUGCAUCUCCUUUCUUUGAGAGCCUCAGAGUUAAUGGACCUAACUUCUAUCUUUCAGCUAAGACUUCUGAAGAUCUACUCUUUCAUAAACAAGAUUCCAAAUUAAGUGAGAUGCUGCAAGAAUAUGGUAAUAAGAUGGAAGAAUUGUCAAAGAAAAUCCUAAGGGCAGUGUUGAUGAGUUUAGGGGAAGGAAUUGAGAAGAAGUUUCUUGAAUCUGAAUUCAGCAAGUGCCAUGGUUACUUGAGAAUAAACAAUUAUUCAUCAUCACAAGUAGAAAAUAAUAAUAUUAUUAUGGAAGAUGAUGAUGAUGAAUUAUUAGUUGAGGGUCUUGGAAUGCACACUGACAUGAGUUGCAUAACAAUCCUAUACCAAGAUGAAAUUGGAGGGCUUCAAGUGAAAUCGAAAAAUAAUAAUAAUAACGAAGGAGAAGGAAGAGGAAAAUGGAUAGACAUAAAACCCUCAGAAGGAACCCUACUUGUGAACAUUGGAGACAUGUUACAAGCUUGGAGCAAUGAUAAAUUAAGAUCUUCAGAGCAUAGAGUUGUUUUGAGGAAGCCAUCAAUAGUGAAGAAGAAUAAUAGUAGGUUUUCAUUGGCAUUUUUUUGGUGCUUUGAGGAUGAAAAGAUUAUUUUGGCUCCUGAUGAAGUUGUUGGUGACGGGAACAAGAGAUUUUACAAGCCAUUUUUGUGCUUGGAUUAUUUGAAGUUUAGAGAGAAUAAUGUGAGAGGAAAAUUUGAAAAGGUUGGUUAUACCGUCAAGGAUUUUGCUGGGAUUAAAGCACAGCUUUGAUGAAUAAUUAUGGAUUUUUUUUUAGAAAAAAAAAAGAAAUCUAUUAUAUUCAUUCUUAGCUUAGCUUGUUGAUUAUAUUGAAUG